UUUACCGGAAACUCCUCUCAAGCGAGCGAGCGAGCGGCGUCUUGCGCCGCCUGCAAGUACCAGCUCUUCAAACACACUCGAGAGCCGCCGUUCGCGAAGGAACUGAAGGUAUGCGGCAGCGCGAGCAGCGGCGGCGAGGUAUGUUGCUCGGCCGACAUGGAAUUGAGACUGCAGGCGCGAGCGCGCGACAGCCACGAGAAGGCCACCAAAGAAACCCUCCACAAGCUGCAUCAGAUCCUGAGCAGCCGAGGAAACCGGUUCCACACGUUCUUCAAGGAGCUGUUGUCGACCAGCAAACGAGGUUUCCACGACAUGUUCAAGAAGACCUACGGGAUCCUCUACGAGCAGAACGCCUACGUCUUCACGGACUUCUUCCAGGAGCUGGAGAAUUAUUACGCCAAGGGGACGGUGGACCUGGAUGACGCCUUGGACAAUUUCUUCAACAUUCUAUACCAGAAGAUGUUCACCGUGCUGAACGGGCAAUACUCAUUCGACAACAAGUACCUGGAGUGCGUAAGCGAUCAUAUGAAGGAGAUGCGGCCGUUCGGCGACGUGCCGCAGAAAUUAAGCGUACAGAUCAAACGGUCUUUCGUGGCCACGAGGGCUUUCAGCCAGGCCUUAACUGUCGCCGCUAAUGUGUUGAAAAAUAUGCAAACGCUGAAACCGUCUACGGAUUGUGCAGCUGCCCUGACCAAGAUGACAGCCUGUCCGUACUGCAUCGGCAUACCGAACAACGUGCUGGCGUGCAACGACAUGUGCAGCAAUGUGAUGAAGGGUUGCUUGGCACAGCACGCGGCACUCGACGCUGAAUGGAAUCACUUCGUUGACGCCGUGGAUAAGAUCGCCGACCGGCUGAUCGGGCCGUUCAACAUCGAGGUGCUGGUACGGCCCAUCAACCUGAAGAUCUCCGAGGCGAUCAUGAACUUCCAGGAGAACAGCCAGGACGUGUCGCAGCGAGUGUUCACCGGCUGUGGCCGGCCGGUGCUGGGCAAACGCAGGCGUAGGGACAACCGCGAGCUGCAGCUGGAGUCGCUCAACUUUGAUCAGGAGACGCUGACGGACGAUCGCACCCAGGUGGCCGCGUACAUGGACAAGCUGGUGAAGGAGAUACGUCAACGGGUGCGCGACUCCAAGCAGUUCUGGAUCUACCUGCCGUACCGAUUGUGCAGCGACGGCCUGGUAGUUCCGCCCACCAACACGAAAGAGUGCUGGAAUGGCACGCACGUGGACAAGUAUAGAUACCCCGUAGCCUCGGAUGGCGAGUCUCAGAAAAAUAACGCGGAAGUGCGCAGCGUAGGGCAACGUUCGACCAUCGUCAGGGACCAGCUGUAUGCGCUCACCACCAUCACGAACAGGCUCAAGUCGGCGUUCAACGGCCAAGAUGUUGAUUGGAUCGACACGGAAGAGACAUACUACGGAUCUGGCAGCGGCUCAGGCGACGGUUCUUUCACCGACGACGAGGACGGCUUUAAGGAGAGCUCCGGCUACGGGCCGCCGGAGCCGGAGUCGCCGAAGCAGCCGCCGCCGCCGGUGAUGCACGAGGUAGAGACGCCGCCGCGGAUGAACAUCGAGCCAAAGACCGUCGGCGCGAGCAACGUCAACAAUCAGACGACCGCGGACAACGGCGCCAGCAGGCAGAAGAUGUCCCUAUCCAGGGCGCUGACGACGUACCUGCUGCCGAUAGUGAUGAUGUGGUUCGGCGGUUGCCUCACCGAGUGGCUGUGAUCGGGUGGAUCUCGGGACGAGCGUAGCACAGUGUAAAUAUUGGCCGGUUCGCGAACCGAUCGACAGAUCAUAUAGGAUGGACUUUUGGUUGGGAGGUUGCGCGUGGAUCGCUGCGACACGCUGCGCACCACCGUCGCGAAUUUGUUACGGAUGCGUGAAGAGGACACGUGUAUGGACGGCUUGGCACGGAAAGAAGGAAGGAAGAAGGAAGAAAGGAACAUACUUGAUGAGGGUCCACGUCCUCUCAUCUCACCUACGGACUUACCGAAGCGAUUACACACAGGUGUACUCGCGGCCAUAGAGUGCGGUGGUCGCUGACGCUGCGAGGCUGAAGGCGAGGCGAAUCGCGCGCGAUUAACGGAUUAUUGUUGGGGACAAGAGAGACGACGCUUCCUCUCAUGUGCGAAGAAAAUUAUACGAGCGCGAGUGACUCGGCGGGAGGCGCUUUCGUCUCGGCAGAUAGAAGAGAGUCUCGACGGAAACCUUUGAUGGGGUGUUCCGAGUAUUGUCCACCAUACGGUUUUAUUAUCGCUGCUGAGCUGGCGCGGGGUUAACAGCAUCUCUGAACGAUGAUUCUCUGCCUCCUCGGUGCUAGCUUGACGGGUACGCCUCCGCUGCGGACUCGGUCAUUCGCGUUCUCUUUCUUGUUCUCUUUCGCAUGAUGAUGCGAAAAUGCCUUUCGAAGUGUAGACGUGUACUUUUUCGAACUUGCGGAACGAUCGUAUCGAAUAGGAAACGGGUCUCUGAGAGCCCGCAAACGGUCGUCCUGUUUACCCGAUAGGAGAAACAGUCUCUGGGUGAAAUUGUUGCGCCAUUUAACGACAUUUCCGAAUUUUACAGCGGUACACCGUUGAAGUUAUCAGGCUCUGACUGCCAACAGAAGAGUAGGAAGGAACGGAGUGGAAGAGAUUUUAGAAAUUAUAUCACGGCGGUGGGAUAACCACAUUCCAGCUGGACCGAGUCUUUCCUCCUAAUCCUAGAUUUACUUUUUAUGGUCUUUUUGUCAGAAAUUAGGUAUUCCCUGUUUGGAAAUUCAGAUUUUUACAUAAGCGAGUUGCUUCGCGAAGAGAAGACAACUACACAUUCCGUGAUCGGAACAAGUUGUUUUUCCGCGCUUUCGAUGUGCGCCAUAUCGACCUUAUCGGAACUCUCUACUGCCAUUAAAUUCGAAUGCUGGGAAAUUCGAGCUUCCUCUUUAUCCGGAUAUUUCGCCGUGUUGUUCUCCUCGUCCAUCUCUCUUUGGGUCACGAGAGACGGACGAUAAGGGGCCGUGCCGUGCGGCCGCGAAGAAAACGAUCGUCGAUCGGACGACGCGACUGCAUAUCUCGAGUCCGUGUCGAUAGUUGCCGCUUGAAACUUGUCUCACGAGCACUCAGACUUGAAGAAUUUGGAGUCGCAUCUGAGCGUUUCCAAUUGAAUCAUACCAUGCAUUCAGUUUCAAAAUGGCUUUCCUUUAUGGGUGCAGUCGGAAAUGCAGCCGAUGGUCCAAUGAAAAAGAGAGAGAGAGAGAGAGAGAGAGAGAGAGAGAGA